AGGAUGCACCUUACCGGCCGGCGCGGCGACUUCAAAAUGGCGGAAAGACGUUCAAAAAAUCAACACUUUGGCGGGGAAUUCGGGCCAUAUCUCGUCGCUGAUAGGUUAUUUUUUGCCGACUUUUGAGCUCCAAAUACUGAGAUAGAGCGUCGGGAUGGAGGUGGAAUCCAGCCACACCGGGAGUGGAGUGUUUGAGCCAGCAGCUCUGUGCAAACCUGUGCCGACGUCUGCCACCAGCACCAACUCAAACAGGUCUAUCUACAGUGACAUCACUCCUGGUCAAGACAAACGGGAGGAACCAGUGGAUGCCUCAGAGUUAGUGGAGUUAAAAGGGACAAAGGAAUGGGUGAGAAGGCAACUUGUGGAGCAUAACGCAACACUGCUUGCACGACAACAGGAUGUAGCUGCUGAGAACAGCACUACUCAAGAGGAAGUGAAUGCCAACAUUCUAGAGCUGCAGUCCCAGCUACAGGACCAGUCUACAAAACUCAGUAUGCAGGAGCUGGUGUUGGAAAGGCUGCAGUGUGGAGAUGUGCUGUCCAAGUUCCUGUUCGACCCACCUGAUUCAGAAACAACAGAGGAAGUAGAGCCAUCAGACAAGGAGAAAUGGAAAAUUUCUGAAAUGGUGAAGAAGCAGAACGAACUUGUGUUCGAACUUGGCAAGUGUCACAAGGAUGUGCAAGAUCUGCAAGAAAACCUGGACGAGGUGAAAAAGAAGAGUUUCGAACAGCAAGUCAGGAACAGGGAACUGAUGACCUUGGUACAGCAGAGGAAGGAGGAACAGCAGGGAAGGUCACAGGAGGACAGCAACGACAGGGUCAAGAUGUUGGAGAGUAAACUGGCUCAGGCCAUGUCUGACAUUUCCAGACUACAGCACAUCUACCAGGCCCUGGUGGUGGGGAGUCAGGUACACUGGGCACAGGACCCUGACCUACAGGAGCUCAUGAUCAGUCUGGGAUCUCCUCCUGACAUCUGAUUAACAUUGCAGAACUCAAGCGUGUAUCAGGCCUAGGAAAAAAAAUAAAAAUGUUGUUUCUUGUU